UGUCGGAAAAAAUAUUUCUUUAUAAUUAUAGUUUUAUACAAAUAAUAUGUUAGCAACAUUUAUCAUGGACUAAGUUUUUGACAAAGGUUUUAUGGAUUAAAGUUUUGUCGACGAAAUGAAAGACGACUGGAUUUUAAAACGGUGUAUGGAGUACAUGCCUUCCUGAACUUUCUUACAGAUCGUUUGACUUGGCACGACUGUUCCUCCCGCGGGCCAGCAACACACACCAGAGCGCCGCAUGCGUCAGCACGUGUCCUCUGCCGGAGCUUGCACCGCAACGUGUCUCCGGACGUGUCACCUCCUUGGCUCCUUUAAAACAACGCCCGGUCUCUGCCUCUUCCCCCGUGCAAGCUCAUGAUCCUGAAGCAUAUCAACAAUUGCUAGUUCGUUGAUCCAAAUCCAAGACCUCACCUCAGCGCGCAGUCUCGCCGGCUACUCGUCGACGCCGUCGUCUAUGUCCAGGCUCAUGGCCGCCAUGCUGCUCGGGGGCGCGCGCGUCGCCGGCGCCGCCAAGCUCACCGGCAACACUGCCGUCAAGCAGGCUCUCCCCACGCCGGCGUGCUUCCUUCCUCCGCGCCCGCAGCCGGCGAGCUGGACCCGCCUCUGCUUGCAGGCUGCGCCAAGAUCGUCUCAGGCGUACGACAAUGCGCCGGAGGACAGGAGGGAGAUCAGGGACAAGUACAAGGACGCGGCGGAGAAGGCGAAGGACGCCACCGGCGACGCCAAGGAGCACGCCAAGAAGAUGGCCGGAGAGACGAAGGGCAGGGCGCAGGACACGGCAGGCCGCAUGGCGGACCAGGCGUCGGACACUGCGGAGAGGGCCAAGGAGCAGACGAAGGGCAUGGCGGAGGGCGCCGCGGACACGGCGUCCCGGGCGGCGGAGAAGGCGAAGCACGAGACGCGUGACGCGGCGCGGGAGGCCGCGGACAGGGCGGGGCACGUGAAGGAGCGGGCCAAGGAGGCGGGGCACGAGGCCGCGGAACGGGCGCAGGAGACGGCGAGGGCGGCCAAGGAGCGGACGGGUGAGGCGGCGGAGCGGGCCAAGGAGGUGGGGCAGGAGGCCGCGCACCGGGCGCAGGAGACGGCGAGGGCGGCCAAGGACCGGACGGGUGAGGCGGCGGAGCGGGCCAAGGAGGUGGGGCAGGAGGCCGCGCACCGGGCGCAGGAGACGGCGAGGGCGGCCAAGGACCGGACGGGCGAGGCGGCGGAGCGGGCCGUGGAGGGCACCGUGUCGGCCGGGGAGAAGGUGGUGGAGAUGACCAAGGAGGGCGCCGGGAAGGUGGCCGAGACGGCGCAGGCGAUCGGGGACAUGGCGAAGCAGGCGGCGCGGACCACCUGGGACGCGGCCAAGGAGACCGCGCACAGCGUCAAGGAGCGCGUGGUCCCCGACGAGGACGACGUGGACGCCGCCAUGAAGGAGCGGGACCGGAUCGCGCGGGAGAUGGACAGGGUGGAGCGGGAGCGCAACAAGAGGGAGGCCAGGGAGAAGGGCUCGGGAUUGCCGUAGACCGGACACCAAUUUCCAUCGCUGUCUCCAGAUGAAUUUUAAUCCGCUAGCUGGCUGAAUAAUGUUUUGCAAACCAUCGUGCGCGGCGCCAGUUUCGCUUGUAGUGUUGAAUCGUGUCGAAUCGAAUGGAAGCUCUGUAAUUUAAGGCAUACGAUUUGCUGAUACCGGCCUAGCAUCGCUGUUUACUGGAACAGAGACUUCCCAUCUUUUGGGGGGAGAAUUCUUCA